ACAUUCAGUUCAUAGUGAACAAGUCACUGGUGCGCACAGACAACCCUCACAUCUUUCUGUUUGCACAAUUUAUCGAAUUUGUUUGUGAUUAUGCAACCAACCCCAACACUAACCGUAUUAUCAGUUCGCAACGUUGAUGGAGAUUAAAAUUGGAAAAUUCUUUUUGUCGCGACACAAUUUUCGUUCGAUAUAAAUAAAAGGGUGUGGGCAAUAUGAACACUCAAGCAUUGUCACCGACGUCGUCAUUACGCCUACGGUUCGAUCAAUUAUCACCUGAAUGUGAUGAUGACACCGAGAAGCAUUUAUUGUGGUGGGGUGGCAGAAGGAUGUCUGUGCCACCGUUUGUAUCACAUAAAUUUGUGGCAUGGUUUGAGGACGGUUUAUGCCAUGAAAAUCAUCGGAAACAGAUGAUUAUGUUCAAAGGGUAUAAAGUUUUGAAAAAGGUUGACGACGUCAAAAUGAUUGAUCGGUACAAUAGCAAAACUCCUUCAAUUGGGACGUUAUAUUUGACGGCAACGCAUCUGAUAUUUGUGGAUCCUGACAUAAACAAAGAGACAUGGAUUAUGUUAACUCACAUCGGAAGCAUUGACAAGCUACCGUUGAGUACGUCAGGAUCUCCUUUACUCAUACGUUGCAAGAACUUUUUAUCCGUUAACUUUGUUAUACCGAGGGAACGAGAGUGCCACGAUGUUUACACAACUCUUUUGAAAUUAUGUCAGCCAGUUCACAUAAAAAACUUGUACUGCUUCCAAUACACAUCCAGCAACGAAGAUCUGGCAAAGUCUGCCGGUUGGGAAUUUUUCAAAUUGGAAAACGAAUUCAAGAGAAUGCGUGUACCGAAUGAUAAGUGGACGCUAUGUUCGCUAAAUCAAAACUAUGAGCUCUGUGAUACAUACCCACGACAAAUUUAUGUACCUGCUGAAGCAUCAACGGCUAUGCUAAUGGGUAGCUCCAGAUUUCGUUCGAAGGGACGUCUGCCGGCACUAACCUAUUUGCACAGUAAUAAAGCGUCGAUAUGCCGAUGCAGUCAACCGUUGUCUGGAUUCAGUGCAAGGUGCUUGGAAGAUGAACAGAUGCUUGAGGCUAUACGGAAUACAAAUCCGAAUCCAAAUUCCGAUUACAUGUACGUCGUUGACACUCGGCCGAGAAUCAAUGCAAUGGCUAAUCGGGCGGCAGGAAAGGGAUACGAGAAUGAAGCGUUCUACGAAAAUAUUAAAUUCCAAUUUUUGGGCAUCGAAAACAUUCACGUUAUGCGAACGAGUCUGCAGAAAUUGGUGGAAACGUGUGAGCAGAAAUCACUUACGAUGAGUGGAUUUUUAGGUUCAUUGGAAUCAUCCGGAUGGCUUAAGCAUAUACGUGCCAUACUGGACACAUCCCAUUUUAUAGCGAACGCUGUUGACAAGGGAAUAUCCGUGGUCGUUCACUGUUCAGACGGAUGGGACCGAACAGCACAAGUAUGCGCUACUGCCGCGUUGAUGCUCGAUCCAUUCUAUCGCACGAUAAAGGGUUUCCAAGCACUGAUCGAAAAAGACUGGCUAGCCUUCGGACAUAAGUUCAGCGAUCGGUGUGGAUUCAUACAGGGCGACCCCAAGGAAAUGUCGCCGGUGUUCACACAAUUCCUGGAUUGUACAUUUCAAAUGAUGCAGCAACGCGUUGAUGCAUUUGAGUUCAACGAAAGCUUUCUGCUGACACUACACGACCAUGUGCAGUCGUGCCAAUUCGGCACUUUUAUCGGCAACUGUGAAAAGGAUCGAUUGGAUUUGAGAUUGUCGGAGAGUACGUUUUCGUUGUGGGGAUACAUGGCUAAUCAUCUGAACGAAUAUAUCAAUCCGUUGUAUCGACCGGAAAUGGACGAGAUUAUUCGUCCCAAUUUGGCGCCGCAAAGUAUUAAAUUUUGGAGAGGAAUGUACGGCCGAUUCGAGAGCGGUGUUCAUCCAAGGGAACCAUUAGGAGACUUACUACUGUCAAGCAGAGAUCAUUGUACUUCUUUGGAAGAUCAUGUCCAGCAUUUAACAAAGCGUAUCACGAGUUUCAAGAAUUUAAUUUCAAAAUCAGCCAAGAAACUUCAGAACGUGUCGCGCCCGAAGGAACUGGUAGAAAUCAACGACAACAAAUACAACUACGACAAAAAAAUGAGUGAUCUCUAUUCGGCUGACGACGACCAUCCUCUCAAGUCGACCGACAUUUCGUUUUCGAAUUUGUCGAUAGCCGAAAAUACGGCAGACAAAAUCAAUGCGGAAUUGCAAUCGGUUGCUGUGGAUUGGAAGCCACUACGAAGCACAACUGUAUGCGCCUGUUCGACACCAUUCGAUCAGAUUGUGCGAAAGAGUCAUUGCUGGAGGUGCGGUGACGUAUUUUGUCCGCGGUGUAUUGAUCGUACGAUUGCUUUACCUGGUCAUGCAAGCGGUAAGCCAGUUCCGGUUUGUCGAACCUGUUAUCGAAUUGUUCAGCAAAAUAGUCCGUAGAUCAUCACCGCUACGACGAUGAGUGUACAACACAGGACAAAAUACGCUACAAUUUAUUAGAUAAAGUAAAACAACCCCCUGGUUUGUCGCAACUCUUUGUUCCCAUUAAGAUGAUACCAAAGACAAACAUUAUUGACAAUUUUUAGGCAAAACAAAAACCAAUUUAUUUCAAUUCUUAAACUGCACACACACACAUAUUAUAGACAGACAUUGUCGUGUCGAAGAGUAUUUUUGUUGUGGAUUUUCCAUAGAUUCAAUGCAAAUGUGGAAGAUCGAUGAAAUUUGUGAUAAAAUUUAUUGGAAUCUGUUGGUAAAUAACUUAAUGUAAAGGAAAACCAAUUUUUUUUUAAAGCUUUCGCUGUCAUUCUUUAACCGACACAGCUUCUGUUAGUACCUUAAUGUCUGUAAGAGAAAGAAAAAUUGUUUAAAAAGUUAUUUGAACGGAAGAUUUGAAUUGGUCAUUCCAGAAAAAUUUUAAAAAUAAAAAUAUUAUUGUCCUAA